GGAUUUAUCAGACUUGUUACUGUAUAUUGUUUUUUUUUUUGUUUUGUUUUUNUCUCUCUCUCUCUCUCUCUCUCUCUCUCUCUCUCUCUCUCUCUCUCUCUCUCUCUCUCUCUCUCUCUCUCAGUGCCUCUCUCUCUCUCUCACCCUUCUCUCUGUUUCUUUCAGUGCCUCGCUCUCUCUCCGGAUACCCCUUCUCUCUCUCUCUCUCUCUCUCUCUCUCUCUCUCUCUCUCUCUCUCUCUCUCCUCCAGGUGAUGUUGGGAUCGUAAACGGAGGGAACAAUUCUUGGGGUUUGUGAGGAGAAGUACUGGGUAUCCUUCGGUUUCCCCGUCCGAUAGGGCGGGGCAGCGAUGGCGGCAGCUGGAGUUAGCCGGGCUCUGCCAGGCGUUGAGGCCAUGGCCGUCCUUGGCUCGUCGACAUCUGCCACGUGGUCGGAGCCUGGCUUUGCAGACGUGGCGGUACGAGUAAGUGGGCUGGGGUCGUGCGCAGGGCCAGGGUUCUGCGCUGGCCGCUUGCCGACACCACCAAGACCGUCGUCGUCGUGGCCGGUUAGCGCUCAUGCGCUCCUGCUUCGUCGGCGGAACCGAGAGAGCGUGCGCGGCCAAUGCGCUCGGCGCGCAGUCAUCGUAGACGGCGUGGCGGCGACCAAGGGCUGGGAUACGGCGAGAGGUGUUGGCGGCGGCGCAGCUCCACCGCGGCGUCGCAGUAAGAUAGUCGUCUUGGCUGUCCGGCCGGCAGCGCAGUUCGAUACUGCGGCGGCGGCGGCGGCGGAAACCGUUGUCGUUUCCCCGCCAAAAUCCCCCCCUGCCGCAGCGGACGUUUCCCCGCCAAAAUCGCCGGCAGCAACUGGCCAACCGACCGAUGACCGGUCCGGUCCAGUCGAGAUCUCAGGCCCUAUCGAUCUCGAUCUCGAUCUAGAGAUCGAUCCCUUCGCCUUCCCUAAAGCGAACCCCCUGCAGACGGCGGGCAGUGUCCUCCUCACGGGAGCCAUCGCUCUGCUGCUUUUGCGCUCGCUUCGGCGGCGGACGAAGAAUGCCAAGAGAGUGAGAUUUAGAUCUGAUAGGACGGUGGAGGUGGGGAAAGAAAACCCUAAUACUCUCAAUCCUGAUCCUAAUAGUGCCUCUUUGGCGGCGGGAAGAGCCGCGGAAUCGAACCCCCCAGCGGCGGAGCCUCCUCCUGCCUCCAACCCGCCGACAGCACUCGGUACCUUCUCUGGCGCGCUUGUUGCCGCGGGAAUCGCAUAUCUCCUCUACAAAUUCACACUUGGUGUUGAGGGAGGCUUCGCAAAACAAUCAGUAUCUGCAAACUACUCUGUGAGAAACCUAACCAUCACCGUCAGGACGAUCAUCGCUGGUCUCUGUUAUCUUGCGACCUUCGUCUUUGCCGCGAAUUCGAUAGGGUUGAUGCUGUAUGCAUUUCAGCUGCUUCUGGGACUGAACCCUUCAGACGCCGAAGGGUCAAACAAGGAGGGAGGAGGCUCUCUUCAGGGAAGUACUGCCACCCUACAGGAGGCUGAGAGCGAUCAGCUGUCGAAUGCAAAGAGCGGCGAUGACGACCAGACCUUGAGCAAGUAGACAUCUCCAGAAGCAGAUGGCAAUUAUGUCCCACCUUCUACGAUGGCAGCCUCUCUUGAGGCUGAGGGUGCCAAUUCGAAUCCGUGUGCUUUCAGGCGGAGGAGAGAUCCGCGGCUGUGGAAGGGACUGAUCAUCAAACACCAUCGUAACAAAGGGAUGACGUAGUUUCCAGCGUUUUAUACCUGAAAAAAAACGACUUAAAAAAAUAAAAAAUAAAAAAAAUUGUAUGUGUAUAGCCUGUCUAUCAGCAUCAUCUUUCUCUCUUUCAUUCUAUUAUUAUGUUGAUAUUAUUUGAUAAUAAGAUUCGUUUAGAUUCAAGCACUACUUUCUGGUAUGUUCAGUUAACCCCCCCACCCUGGGUAGAGUAAUUAGCACAUACACAAGGGCUCUUUGGAGUCUUUGGCUUGUUCUGUCAGCGGAUGGACUUCAAUUUGUGCAAUCAUCUU